AUGAGCGAUCUCAAGUCCUCUCACAGCGGAGCUCCUCGCUCAAGAGCGGCUCACCGCGCAUCCCCGUCCGUACCGCAGGCCUCGACCCUACCAUCGUUUGACCACGAGCGCGCGCUCGUGCUCAAGUUCGACAUACGCAUUCUUCCGAUCCUCGCGGUUAUGUACCUCGCGAACGCGCUCGACAAGGGCAACCUGGGAAACGCGAAGACGAACGGGCUCGAGGCCGACUUGCACUUCCACUCCAACGACUACAACAUUAUCCUUUCUGUCUUCUUCGUCCCUUUCGUGCUCUUCGCGGUGCCGGUCGCAUUCGUCGGCAAGAAGUUCGGUUCAGCCCGCGUGCUCCCCGCGCUCAUGUUCAUCUUCGGCUCAAUGACGCUCCUCAGCGCUGCCGUCAAGAACUUUGCGGGCAUGUUUGCUGUGCGGUGGUUCCUUGGAAUGGCAGAGUCUGGCUUCUUCCCGCUCAUCAUCUACUACCUGACGACAUUCUACCGACGCGGAGAGCUCGCGCGCCGUCUGGCGAUCUUCUAUGCCGCGUCGAAUAUCGCGAACGCCUUCUCCGGGCUGCUUGCGUUCGGCGUCUUCCAUAUCAAGGACUCCAAGAUCCCUGCCUGGCGUUAUCUCUUCCUGAUUGAAGGUGCUGCGACUGUCUUGUUCCGGUCAGAAGCGUGGUUCCUGACCGACGAGGAGCGCAAGAUGGCCUUCCAGCGCAUCCAGAUGGACUCGUCCUCAAUCGUCAACGAAGAGUUUGUGCUCAAGGACGCGCUUCAGAUCUUCAAGAUGCCCGCGACCUACGCCUGGCUUUUGAUGAGAUCUGCUCGGCGUCCCCAUCCAGUCCGUCGGCCUCUUCCUCCCCCAGAUUGUCGCCCGGCUCGGCUUCUCGUCCGUCAAGACGAACCUCUACACCGUCGCGCCCAACGUCGUCGGCGCCGUCUUCUCCUUCUCCUCGCCUUCUCCUCCGACUACGCGCGCAUCCGCUUCCCGUUCAUCGCCGCCGGCUUCCUACUCACCUUUAUCGGCUUCAUCGUCUACGCCACGAUCGACGUCGAGCGCGAGCUCCACGUCGCCUACUUCGCGACGUUCAUGAUGACCUGGGGCACGAGCGCGCCGAGCGUCCUGCUCAGCACGUGGUACAACAACAACGUCGCGCACGAGGGCCGCCGCCUCGCGCUCACCUCCGUCGGCGUCCCGCUCGCGAACGUCAUGGGCCUCGUCUCGUCCAACAUCUUCCGGAACCGGGACGCGCCGCGGUACAUCCCCGCGCUGAUCGUCACCGCCGCGUUUGGCGCGGUGGGCGCGGCGGUCACGCUGUGCCUCGGGGCGUACAUGGUGCUCGACAACCGGAGAAUGGACGCGCGCGAGGGCGUGCGGCGGCGAGCGCUGGAUGUGAGCACGGAGAAGCUGCGGGAGGGUCCGAAGAGCCCCGAGUUUAGGUGGUUCUUGUAG